UGGGUUACAGAGCUUAGAGUUGGGAAACCUUCCUCUGUGCUCUUCCAAACCUCUUUGAACUCAUUUCCUAGCCCUGCACUGGAAUCACCCAGCACUGUUUGCUGUUCCACGAGCCCAUGACGCAGCCCCUGUUUCAGAGCCUUGGCACCUGCCAGACUUCUCCCUGGAAUCUUCUUCCCUCAGUGCCAAUGACCUCGCGGACACGGGUCAUGAGCAGCAGCAGACGUGGAGGGGGAGGCUGAGCUGCCACUGACCCUGAGAUCUUAGAGAUUGUCAGAAAAGUCGUAAAGAAGAUGUUUGAGUCCUCAAUUAAUUUUGACAAGCCAGAAAAUUUAAUCUUGUCUCUAAAGAUCCUCAACUAUGAGAUCGGGGUUAUUAUAUACACUCUCCUGGGACUGCUCUUUGUCAUCCUGAUGCCUCUGGUGGGGUGUUUCUUUUGUAUGUGUCGUUGCUGUAACAAAUGUGGUGGAAAAAUGCACCAGCGACAGAAAGAAAAUGGGCCCUUCCAGAGGAAAUGCUUUGCGAUCUCCCUCUUGCUGAUUUGUAUAAUUAUAAGCUUCGGCAUCUUCUGUGGUUUUGUGGCGAACCACCCGGUGCGGAACCGGGUCAAGAGGACUCGGACACUGGCCAACAGCAAUUUCAAAGACUUGCGAACUCUCCUGAAUCAAGCUCCAGAGCAAAUCCAAUUUAUACUGGCGCAGUACAACACCACCAAGGACAAAGCAUUCUCAGAUCUGAACGGUAUUAAUUUAUUGCUAGGAGGCGGAAUUCAAGAACGACUAAGACCCACCGUGAUCCCUGUUCUUGAUGAGAUUAAGGCCAUGGUGACAGUGAUCAAAGAGACCAAAAAGGCCCUGGAGAGCAUGAAGAACAGCCUGCAGAGCCUGCGCGAGGAAAGCGCACAGCUCAGCAGCGCCCUGACCAACGUGAAAAGUAGCAUUCAGAAUUCACUCAGCGACCCCGCCUGCUCUGUGCGUCCAUCGAGCGAAACCUGCAACAGCAUCAGGACGUCUCUGAACCAGCUGGAGAGCAACCUCGACCUGAAUCAGCUUCCUCCUGUGGACGGAGAACUUGACAGUGUUAAUGAUGUUCUUAGAACCGAUUUGGAUGGCCUGGUCCAAAAGGGCUAUCAGUCCUUUAAUGAUAUACCUAACGGGGUGCAACACCAAACCAAGAACAUUAUUGCAGAUGUCAAAGGCAUGUUGAAUACCAUCGGUUCGAGUGUCGACCGUGUCACCCAACGGAUUCCUAUUGAGAAAACAUUGUCCACGUUUGCUGUUUAUAUUAACAACACUGAAAGUUACGUCAACAGCAAUUUACACAAAUGGGAAGAAUAUGAUUCAUACUGGUGGCUGGGCGGCUUGGUCGUCUGCUGUUUGCUCACCCUCAUUGCCAUCUACUAUUACCUGGGCUUACUGUGCGGCGUGUGCGGCUACGACAGGCACGCCACCCCCACCAGGCGGGGCUGCGUCUCCCACACCGGAGGCGUCUUCCUCAUGGUCGGGGUUGGAUUAAGUUUCCUCUUUUGCUGGAUAUUGAUGAUCAUCGUGAUUGUGACUUUUGUCAUUGGCACAAAUGUGGAAAAAUUGAUCUGUGAAUCUUAUGCAAACAGAAAGAUAUUCAAGGUUUUGGACACACCCUAUUUACUAAAUGAAAAUUGGCAAUACUAUCUCUCUGGCAUCAUAUAUAAUAAAUCAGAUAUUAACCUCACUUUUGGACAAGUUUACAGUGACUGCAAGAACAAUAGAGGCAUUUAUGCCACUCUUCAACUGGAUAAUCGCUUCAAUAUCAGCAAACAACUCAACAUUGCCCAGCAUAUUGAAAGUAUAAACAAUGAAUUUGAAAAUCUGAACGUACAUCUUAGUAUUAAUCUGCUGGACGCAGCAGGCAGAACCAACCUUGAAGAUUUUGCUGCUUGUGGAAUAGACAGUAUAAAUUAUGCCCCCUACUUGUCUCAGACUGGUAGACACCCUGCAAGAGUGAACCUUUUAUCAUUUGCAUAUGAUCUAGAAAAAAAAGCAAACCAUUUGCCACCAGGAAAUUUGAGGCAGUCCUUGAAAAGAGAGGCAGAAAGUAUUAAAAUGAUUCACCGUCUACAUAUCAUCCCUAUGGAGCAAUCACUGGGCACUUUAAGGCAAAGUAUCAAGACACUGCAACACAUAACCCAUGGAUUGACGGGCAGAAUAGCCAAGAUUAUCACCACUCUGGAUUCUGCUCAGAACUUCGUCACAAACAACAUUUCCUCUGUUAUUAAGGAUGAAGCUAAGAAGUACGUGAGAACAAUAGCAGGGCACUUCGAACAGUAUCUGCUGUGGGUUGACUUCUCCAUCAGAGAGAAGAUGGUGUCCUGCACACCUGUGGCCACCGCUCUGGACUCCGCGGUUAACGUGCUUCUGUGCGGCUACAUCAUCAGGCCUCUGAAUUUGUUUUGGUUUGGCGUAGGAGAAGCUACUGUAUUUUUACUUCCGGCUCUAAUUUUUGCCGUGAAGCUGGCCAAGUACUAUCGUCGAAUGAAUUCGGAGGAUGUGUAUGAUGAUGUUGAAACUAUACCCAUGAAAAAUAUGGAAAAUGGUAAUAAUGGUUAUCAUAAAGAUCAUUUGUAUGGUAUUCACAAUCCUGUUAUGACAAGCCCACCUAAAUGACAGCUGAUGUUGAAAUUGCUUGAGCAUCAAGAAACUCAAAGAGGAAAGGAUCACAGAUUUUUGAUAGUUUCUGGGCCUACAAGGACUUUCCAAAUCCAGGAAGAAUGCUGGUGGGGACACAGUGACUCCAGCGGGCACCAAGGAAAUGGCAUCGUUGGUCUCUGGGUAGCGCUUUGUUAGGAAUGAACAUAGUUACAUUUCUAGU